GCCGCGGGCUUGUCCAUGGCGAGCUCCGUGGGACUGGCAUUGUGCGGCCAGACGCUAGUGGUGCGGGGUGGCAGCCGGUUCCUGGCCUUCUCCACUGCGAGCAGUGAUGAAGGCUGCGUCUUCACAUAUGACUGCAGUGCCACAGAGAAGAAGUCCUCGCCAGAAGAUAAGGGGGAGGACGGACAGCCCGCAGACAAGGGGAGUGACACGAUUCUGGCGUCCACCUUCUCCAAGUCUGGCAGCCAUUUUGCUUUAACUGAUGACAGUAAGCGUCUGAUUCUUUUCCGUACAAAACCAUGGCAGUGUCUGAGUGUCAGGACGGUGGUGCGGAGGUGCACUGCCCUGACUUUCACAGCCUCGGAGGAUCGAGUCUUGGUGGCUGACAAGUCUGGAGACGUGUACUCCUUCUCGGUGCUGGAGCCUGAUGGAUGUGGCAGGGUGGAACUGGGGCACCUCUCCAUGCUGCUAGAUGUGGCUGUGAGUCCUGAUGACCAGUUCGUGCUCACUGCAGACCGGGAUGAGAAGAUCCGGGUCAGCUGGGCUGCUGCUCCACACAACAUCGAGGCUUUCUGCCUGGGACACACAGAGUUUGUGAGCCGCAUCUCUUUCAUGCCCAGCCAUCCUGAGCUGCUUCUUUCCUCCUCUGGGGAUGGCACCCUGAGACUCUGGGAAUACAGAAGUGGCACCCAGCUUCAGUGCUGUGACCUGGCCAGCCUGCAGGAGUCUGUACAGCAACCAGGCCACAAGGGACUGGCGGCAUCCAGGAUUGCAUUCUGGGGACAGGAGAGCUGGGUGGUGCUUCUGUGCGAGUGCGUUCCUGUGGUCUUCGUCUUCCAGUUUGAUGUCAGCAGACAGCAGUUGGUGUUCAGACAGCAGCUGACUUUCCCUCACCGAGUGUGGGAUGUCGUGUUUGAAGAGACUCAGGGCCUGUGGGUUCUGCAGGACUGUCGUGACACUCCCCUCGUGCUCUGGAGGCCUGUGGGUGGUCAGUGGCAGGCUGCUCCUGAAAGUGCUGUGUCCCAGAGACUCUGCAGCCAUCUCCGUGAGAGCUGGGCCAUGCUGGAAGGCUCUGUUGGCACAGACGAUGGCUUCCGCAGCCUUUACAAGGCCACCUUUGACAACAUGACCUCUUAUCUGAAGAAGAAGGAAGAGAGACUGCAACAGCAGCUGAAGAAGAAACGACAAAGGAGCCCCCUCCCAGGGUCCCCAGAACAGACCAAAAAGGCGUGCCCAGGCCAGUCAGCCCUUAGUUGCUGACAGUGGGCUUGGCAGCAGCUCUUAGCUCUGAGGCCCCAUGGGCCAC